AUGGCGCACCGAAUCAUCGCCCAGAUCGUCCUAACCGGUGGUCGUGUAUUCGGUAGAGCUUUCGCAGAAGCCUACAAACAAGCCCAGGCAUCAUCACAAUAUGCCAAAGCCGCCGGGAAGAAUAACCCAGGUGCCGUCAACACCGCUGCUGCAUCUGGCAUGACUCUGGACGAAGCUUGCAAAAUCCUCAACGUAAAGCCACCUCAAGGCGGUAUAGCGAACAUGGAAAAUGUUAUGGAACGAUUCAAAAAGCUCUACGACCUCAACGAACCGAAAAAGGGUGGCGGUGGUUCCUUCUAUCUACAGAGCAAAAUUCUACGAGCCCGAGAACGGAUAGAAAUGGAAGUUCGUGAGGCAGAGCGCAAGGCAGCACUGGAUAAAGAGUUGAAAGAAGGUUGGAAGCCCAAGCUUUACAAGGAAUGA